AUGAGCUCAUCGACUUCAUCCGGUUCAGCCAGGGCCGAGCGACGCAAGAUCCGGCGAGGUACGACAAGCUGCUGGGAAUGCAAACGGCGAAAACAACGAUGCCAUUUUGAGAGGAGUGGCUCAGGCGUUUGCGAGUCUUGCGAGCGUCGUGGAUGCAAGUGUGUCCCGCAGCAUAUCCAGGAGCGGUCUUCGGUCACAGAGGCAGCGGACCAUUCGGUUCGUGCUCGAUAUGCUGGAGAUCAACUGGAUCAUCUCGAGGGCUUGGUCGAUGGACUGGUACGUCAGUCGACUCUUCCUGCCUCUUCCAUCUGUGAUUCAGAUCAUCUCCUGCAAAACCCAAAUCGCAAUAUUCCCCGCGAGAAGCAGAACAGUCCAGCCAUCAAGCAGACAUCGCAAAGAACCCGAGUACCGCAGCCCUCUUCCGAUUCUCGACGAAAAUUGCUUCCCAAGCCUCAUCUCGGGCUAAACCAGAGCUCCUGUAAUUCCUCCACCGACGACAAUCUCGCGCCAUUCAAUCAACCGGCUCAGACCUCAAUACCGCCUCUGUCAUCACAGUUUGAAGGGGCCGACGCUUUACUGCUACCGCCUCAUCCAACCAAUGGCGCUCUGCGAUGCAGCUCCCUAAGUCUGCUGUUGCAGUCCAUACUCCCGUCUGCCAACGUCACCACGCGCAUCAUGCACCAAAACAAGCUGUUGAUGAUGUCUAUGCACGUCUUUCGGGGCUUGUCCACCGAUCCUUUUCGUUCUUCUGCCCCUCGUCAAAUCUCCCUCUUGGCUUCCCCAACGUCGACCAACUCCGAACCGAUUGAUCUAGCUCGAAGACUCUUCCAGCUGGCAAUCUGCCUUCAGCAGUCAGAACGCACGUCGGAAAUAUCUACACUCUGCCUCGAUAGGUCCAAUAAUGACGUUGCAGGCCAAUAUUUCGAGGCCGCUUCCCGUUACGUCACCUCCCAGGACUCACUUGUUGUCUCCUUUGUUGGCAUUGAGACAUUGAUGCUUGAAGGAUUGUACCACGUCUCGACUGGCCAGAUACGCCUCGCUUGGCUGGUGUUUCGUCGAGCAAUAGGCAUUGCUCAUCUCAUGGGCCUGCACAUCCCACAGCGACGGCGCCACAGUAAACAGACGCCUAUAUGCUUGGCGACUCUAUGGUUCCGCCUCAUAUUCACGGAGCGUUACCUAUCUUUAGUGCUUUGCCUUCCAAUAUCCGUGCAAGAUGAUAGUUUCAUGGAAGACCUGAUAGGGCAAGAGCCUCACGAACAGCUUGAGCGGAUCCAGGCCAAGCUUACCAGUCGCAUCAUCUCCAGGAAUGAACUGAUGCGACUGGAUCCUUGCGCAAGCGACACCACCUACAAUCAUUACAACGCGACGAAAGACAUUGAUUACACAUUGAAGCAGGCGGCGCGCGCUCUGCCCGCAGAUUGGUGGGCUUUCCCGAGACUGAAGGAUGCUCAGACAAAUGCGGACCUAAGAGACAUGACUGCCAAGGUUGUUCUACAGCUACAUCACUACAACCUUGUGCUGCUGCUCCAUCUGCCGUAUAUUGUCCCGCGGCUCGGGAAUUGCUCUACUGGCCAAGGCGCCCAAGACUACACAAACUCCAAGCUCUCCGCUAUGUUUGCCAGUCGUGAGCUACUCAUCCGAUGCAUCAUUCCUGUCAGCCCCAAUCGGGUGACGUCUUCAACACGGGGAAACACUGUAAAGAUCAUCCUUUCUGCUUUGGCCCUUCUCUUAGCCCACCUGGAUAGCCACCGGCUGGGUCGCGACAAUGCCCUUGAUCACCAGCGUCCAGGGGAUUUGUUGCGUGUCGAGCGGGCCAUCCAGAGCCUGGAGUCUGUGGCCCAAAAGUAUGACGAUAAGCUGUGCUCCUCUGCCGUUCGAGCGUUGAGGAGGCUUGGCAACCUCGAAGCAGCAGCCUCAGACGGCCUUGAUUACAGAGUUUGGAGCGAGCCCAGCGAGAUGCUGCAUUUGGAGUGCUUGGUCCGAGAUGACGAAGGCACUGUCACACUGGAGUUUCCAUAUGUGGGAACCGUUCACAUUAUGCGCCGGUGCCGCCGAGAGGAUGUGCUGACAGACGGAAUCGGCUCCCAGAGCACGACGGAGACAGCCGGCCUCAAUGGUGACCUCUUGACUUCGCCGUGGGCAUGGAGAAGUUCUUCGUCAUCUCUGUGGCCCGACUUGGUUUCCACUGCUCUCAGGCCUGAUGGUCCCCAGCCUGCAAUAUCCAACGGUCCUGACGUUCAGGAUUCACGAAACCUCUUGGGCAGCGACGUCGAGUGUAUCGACAUGCGGACGAUGCCGCGAUUACACUUACACGACCUCCACGUUUCGGAUGGGAUUUGA